CAUGUUUCUCAGGGUCUCCUUUGUUUUGAGUUGAGCUGGAGCUAGAGAGACAGACCUAAAACAAAAAAGGCAGAGCAAGAGCACAAGCAGCUGCCCCAGUUCGCAGCACCAGCGAAUCUGCGGGAGGCAGGACUGAGAGCCAUAGCACUGUAAAGAAGACACUCAGAAAUCUUUUCUCAAUGAUUCUAUAGUCAACGGAUGUAACAAUGGUACUAAUACUGGGCCGCAGACUGAAUAGAGAGGAUAGCGGGGUCCGUGAUUCCCCUGCAACCAAACGUAAAGUUUUUGAAAUGGACCCAAAGUCCUUAUCAGGUCAUGAGUUUUUUGACUUCUCGUCAGGAUCAUCCCAUGCUGAAAGCAUACUCCAGAUCUUCAAUGAGUUUAGAGACAGCCGCUUGUUCACAGAUGUAAUUAUCUGUGUGGAAGGAAGAGAGUUUCCCUGUCAUCGAGCUGUUCUCUCAGCCUGCAGUAGCUACUUCAGAGCUAUGUUUUGCAAUGAUCACAGAGAAAGCAGAGAAAUGUUGGUGGAGAUCAAUGGCAUUUUUGCUGAAGCUAUGGAUUGCUUUUUACAGUACGUGUAUACUGGCAAGGUGAAAAUCACUACAGAGAAUGUGCAAUAUAUCUUUGAAACCUCAAGUCUCUUUCAAAUUAGUGUUCUACGUGAUGCUUGUGCCAAGUUCCUGGAAGAGCAGCUGGAUCCUUGUAACUGCCUGGGAAUCCAGCGUUUUGCUGAUACACACUCACUAAAGACACUCUUCACCAAAUGCAGAAAUUUUGCACUGCAGACAUUUGAGGAUGUUUCUCAGCAUGAAGAAUUUCUCGAGCUUGGGAAAGAUGAGCUCAUUGAUUAUAUUUGUAGUGAUGAGUUGGUGAUCAGUAAAGAAGAGAUGGUUUUUGAAGCAGUUAUGCGCUGGGUUUACCGUGCUGUUGAUCUGAGAAGGCCAGUGUUACAGGAACUUCUAACACAUGUGAGACUCCCUUUAUUACAUCCUAACUAUUUUGUACAGACAGUGGAAGUGGAACAGCUGAUUCAGAAUUCUCCAGAGUGUUAUCAGCUGCUGCAUGAAGCAAGAAGAUACCACAUACUUGGAAAUGAAAUGAUGUCCCCAAGAACUAGACCACGCAGAUCAACUGGUUAUUCUGAGGUGAUAGUCAUUGUCGGAGGCUGUGAACGAGUUGGGGGGUUUAAUCUGCCAUACACUGAAUGCUACGAUCCUGUGACAGGAGAAUGGAAGUCACUGGCUAAGCUCCCAGAAUUUACCAAGUCUGAAUAUGCAGUGUGUGCUUUACGGAAUGAUAUUCUUGUUUCAGGUGGAAGAAUUAACAGCCGUGAUGUGUGGAUUUAUAACUCUCAGCUUAACAUUUGGAUCAGAGUUGCUUCCCUAAACAAAGGCAGAUGGCGUCAUAAAAUGGCUGUCCUUCUUGGUAAAGUGUAUGUAGUUGGAGGGUAUGAUGGGCAAAGUCGACUCAGCAGUGUAGAAUGUUACGAUUCAUUUUCCAAUCGAUGGACAGAGGUAGCUCCACUUAAAGAAGCAGUGAGUUCUCCAGCAAUAACCAGCUGUGUAGGCAAAUUGUUUGUGAUUGGUGGAGGUCCUGAUGACAACACGUGCUCUGACAAGGUUCAAUCAUAUGAUCCCGAUACUAAUUCUUGGUUGCUCCGUGCAACUAUCCCCAUUGCAAAGAGAUGCAUAACAGCUGUAUCUCUAAACAAUCUAAUCUAUGUCGCGGGAGGGCUCACCAAGGCAAUUUACUGCUAUGAUCCAGUUGAGGAUUAUUGGAUGCAUGUACAGAAUACAUUCAGCAGACAGGAAAACUGUGGCAUGUCUGUGUGUAACGGCAAAAUCUAUAUCCUUGGUGGAAGACGAGAAAAUGGAGAAGCCACAGACACCAUUCUUUGUUAUGAUCCUGCAACAGGCAUCAUCACGGGAGUAGCAGCCAUGCCCAGGCCAGUAUCGUAUCAUGGCUGUGUGACUAUUCAUAGAUACAAUGAAAAAGGCUUUAAACUGUAAAGAAAGGAAAUCUUAUGAAAGAAUGCAGUGCCUUGGUACAGGACAGAAUUUCAAAGAUUCAUAAAAUGGGAAACUGACUUUUCCUUCAGUGUCAUAUGAAACUAAAUAUCCAUGUGCCUUUUAAAAAAAAUGUUUUCAGUUAAUUAAAAGGUUAAAAAAAAAUAUCUACAAACAUAUCCAGGACCCGUUCAGCCAUUUCUGGCAUGAUAGAAGUGAACUAAUAUUUACACAGUUUUCCCCUUUUUUGUGAUCAGUAAUUAAAAUUUGGGAUGUUGUGUAGGGAAUGUGCCUUCACAAAUAGCUGUGCCUAUAUUUUAAGGACUGAUGUCUGUAUUAUUUUUUCAGUUAUUUCAGAGUCUGUUAAUUGAAAAUAUUUAACCAAAUCGACCUACAAAAAAUGUGUUGGUUUAAAAGAGUGCAUAUCAUUCUGAUCAACAGGCAUGAUGCAGUGUUGUUGUAGCCAUGCUGGUCCCAGGAUAUUAGAGAGACAGAGUGGGUGAGGGCAAUAUCUUUUAUUGGGCCAACUUCUGUUGGUGAGAGAGACAAGCUUUUGAGAUUAUUUAGAGCUGAAGAAGAGUUCUGUGUAAGUUCAAAAGCUUGUCUCUCUCACCAGAAGAAGUUGGUCCAAUAGAAGAUAUUAUCUCACUCACCUUGUCAGAAUGAUGUUCUUUUAUCAGAAAAUUGCUUGGCUUACCAAAUAGACUUUUUCAUGAUCACCCACUACUAUAGAUUUUUUUAAAUGCAAUGAUUCAUAGGAAAUAAAUAUUAAAACCUUUGAGAAAUAAUGUUCCUCUGUAAAUUGAUAGGGAAUAGAGUGGCAUCAUGGUUGUUCUCUGAGCUACUGCAAAAAGUUGCAGUAACUAUUGUUUUCAUAAUAACAGACCUUAGUGUUGCUAAUAAUUUAUUAUAAGUCGUACAAAUAUUGGACUACAUGCAUAUGAAAAAAUAAUGACCCUUGCAGCAUAGGCACACUUCUGUGAAGCAGUUUUGUAUCCCAGUUCUGACCUCCUUGAGUUGUAGAGCUGAAGUCUGCUAGUUCCUGGUAUCAUUCUUUGCUAACUGCAAGGUACCUUUCAUCAUUCUACUGCAUGAAUAGACCCCUAGUCAAGGGGAUAUUCUAACUUCAUGAAUUCCACAGUGUAAACUCUGUGUUGAUAGAAAGAGCUAGGGACUACAGGCCUAACUCUGCUGUUUUAUAAAUUGAUCUUUGUGGUACCUCGUUAUGCGAAGUUCCAGGAUAUCUGCCAACUCUGCUUCUACAGAUUUCUUCAGACAAUCACAUUUUCCAGUGCUAUUGAGCUCCCAUAAACCCUAUAGGGGGCACGUGUGGACCUGAAAAUUUCCCCACUUCACCAGAACACUACCCAGGGACCCAUCCAUUUAACCAUGUGACUGUGUGAGGAGUAUAUUUUAACUUGUUUAGUUUUGAAGGCUUAGAGACUUCCAAAGUAUCCUCUGAAAUUUUGGCCCAUUGCUUUUCAAUGAAACUGAAAAUCUUGCUGAAGAUAUUCCUCCCAUUCCUGCUUAGAUCUCUAUAACAGAACUAUAUGUUUGUAUAGUUGGGGCACAAAUUCAUGAAACUGUACAUAGAGCUUUGGAGUUUGCAUGUGGAAGGGAUGCUCGCUCCUUGCACCAAUUUCCCACCAGAAGGCAGGAAGUUACACCAUAUCCUCUAUCCCCAUGAAGUUUCUCCUUACUUUAAGAACAUAAGAAUGGCCAUACUGGGUCAGAACAAGGGUCCAUCCAGCCCAGCAUCCUGUCUGCCGACAGUGGCCAAUGCCAGGUGCCCCAGAGGGAGUGAACCUAACAGGCAAUGAUCAAGUGAUCUCUUUCCUGCCAUCCAUCUCCAUCCUCUGACAAACAGAGACUAGGGACACCAUUCCCUUUGAACUUCUUUUAUGAGGAAUUCUGAGGAUAGCUGCCAGCCAGGAAAGCAGACAGUACUGGAGCAGAUGAACGCAAAGGGCCUCUUCAAGGACAACCCUAAUCUCUAGCAGACCCAGGAGAUUUAUGGGUUCUGAACUCUUUGUUCAGUCUGUAGGGAAUAGGAACAAACCACAUGUCUGGAACAUAAUCUGUUCUCCUUGGAAUUUCUUCUCCAUCUCCUUCCCACAAGUUUUCCCAUGAAAUAGGUAUUCUGGCUCUUGGCGUGGAAAUGACUCAUUUAGAGAGUCAUCAUUUUCAGUACCGAGUUACUGGUGACAUUAUAAAGGAGCACUGAGCAUUAACUGCGCAUUCUGCCUUUUCAUCUGUAACCUCAGGAAUGUAUGCAGAUACUGAGGUAACUAGUGAAUCAGUCCCUGAGUGUAUACACCCAGGUGGACCUAAAUUGGAAGAAAUGGAGUAGUGUAAGAAAAGUGAAUCAGAUAAAUUAAUCGUUUUUUGGAUUUCUUGGGUCCCUGUUCACCAAGCCAGACUUUGAAAAUAUAAUUCCAGCACCCGUGAAUAAGGUCCAUUGACAGCAAUGGUAGUUGCACAGUAACUGUUUUGUAGUAACAUGGUAAAUAGUUUGUGCCAUCAUUGUAAGUGAAAACAUAAUUAUGGAAGGAACACCUGAUUAGAAAUAAGAUAUUAAGAUAGAUUUCCAUUUCCCCCAACUUCCUUCCUUUUUGUAUUAAGAUACUGACUGUUGAUUGUUAUAGUAAUCUGUUCUGAAAUGUUUUUUAUUUAGUAGAUAUAUUAUAAUGUUAUUUGUGUGGUGAUUACUUUUUAUUUGUGUUCAUAAGACUCUGUAAAUACAAACACAUUGCUUUCCUUGUGUCUGAAGAUUCAGUUUAUAGUCUAGAAUGUUGUCUUUUCUAUGUUAACUGUUUACAUGUAUCUUAUUACUGUUACAUAUUAAUUUUGAAAGUAGCUGUUUACUAUACUAGUAAAUACAGACAUUUAGAUAUAGAAGAAACUUUUUUGCAUGCAGCUUUUUAGACCCUGUACCAGUAAUGGAAGAGUUAGUGUGUUGAGUAUAGCUAAAAUGGCAGAAGUAAUUUAUGCAGUAAUUCCUUUUUAAGUGAACAGUCAAUAUUUAAUAUUUUUGACUCAGUACAUAUAUAGUUGAAGUUAUCACCCAUUCUGUCAAAAUAAUAAUUUUUAAAAUGUAAAAGAAAACUACUUGUUAUUGAAAAUCUAACAUGUUCUAGAGGGAUCUAUUAUAUAUGGAGCCACUUUCUUGGGUCACUUGUUCUCCAAGACAUUUCAGUUAGGGACAGAUGGAUUCAAAGAUUCACCAUCAUGCAAACCCAUUUGAUUGGAUCUUACAUGCCCUGAUGGACACACAAAAAAAUCUACUUGCAUUCCUUGAGAGAAGAUACAGAAGUACCUUUCAGUAUAAUCAAAAGAUCUUCAUGAUGAAAAGUCACAACUUGUGCUAGCUCCCAGGGAAUGAGAUCUUCUCAAGGAUAUAAUUUCAAAAUAGCUAUGUUUGGGAAGCAGGGCAAAAUCUUUUCUAGCUAUUCCACCCAUUUAAAAACUCAGUGUGAAGUGUUUAUUUAAUAUUUAGCUAACAGAGAAAAGUAAUUUCCUUAAAUCUCAUAGCUUUAAAAGAAGCUAGAUUAAAUGUUUUCCUUCUGAGUUUUGAUGUUCAUGAGCUUUGUCACUCCACUUUUCGGAAUCUUGGCAUUGACUGAAAAGAACAUUGGUACUUAAUUGCAACUUGAUUUAAUUUAAGUAGUGCAUCCUAGGGAGGUCUACAACCUUUUGCUUUUAAACACAGCAUGCAUGACAUCAGUUUUAUAGUCAUCAGCACGUCGUGUUUCCUAGAGUCUAGUAGUUGCUCAUUUUCUGGUCAGUUCGCUCAUACCCCGUAUGCCUUCAGAGUAGGCUGAACUUGUGGGACCUCUUCCAUUUGUACCAUUGGAUAGUUCAUCUUGCAGUGUGUGCAUCCUAUAUGAUCCAAGGAUUAAGCACUGUGUUUUCUCUCCUAACAGUGGAAGUUCAACAUAUUACUGAUUUUUGCCUCAUGCGCUAAUACAACAGCAUUAAAAAUUGUUUUGAUAUUCUUACUCCAUGGUGCACAGAUACCUUUAAUUCAGGAGAUGUUGAUAUGGACUCCUCCUAUAUUAAUUCACCCAGAAUUUUUAUAGGGUUUUCAACACUCUGUAAGCUUCAGGGAAAGGCUGAUGAUGGAGGAAAAGGAAGUGUUCAUCUUCACAGAGGAGAAGUUCAAAGAGGAAACUUUGGACAUCUGUGCUUUAAAGCAGGAGACACUGGUGAUUGUUAGCUAUUCUCUAGAAGACAGACUGAGUUCACUGCCUUAUCUUGUGUGAUUAGUCAGGUUAUCCUGCUUAAAUUGAUAAGGUGCCAGGACACAAGAUGAGAAAUAAUCAAUUUCUUACUAUUUAAGACUCUUCUCCUCCUCCACAAUGUGUUGAUGGUGCACUGGACCUUCAUUGUUCCCUACCAUAAAGGGGAGGUGAUGGAGUUACAAACUAAUUCUCAUUCCAGUUCAGAAGAAAAUUAAUAGAAAGAAUCUGAAUAGAUGGGUGGGAGAGGUAACAGAUAAAUUCCAGUGCAUUCAUUUGAUAGUUGAGGUUGCUGUAACCAGGACUUUCUAGACACUCUUACAGUUCAUGAUCUCAGAUAUUGACUCAUUUAACAAAACAACAUCAUGUUUGGCAACUCGUUGUCUUCAGCUUCAGAGAAAAAGAUGCACAUGUUGAUAUGCUUGUGGUCCUUCUAGUGAUGAAGCUCAGGAGGGUUCAGUUUUCUUACUUGCUCAAUUUGGACAACGUUUUCUUUACUGUUGAAGGUGGCAAUCACCAAUUCAAGCAGAUUAUAAAACUUGCUAGACUUUGGCCUGGUCUACACUGGGUGGUGGGGGUGGGGGUCAAUGUAAGAUAUGCAACUUCAGCUACAAGAAUAGCGUAGCUGAAGUUGACAUAUCUUAUUUCGACUUACCUCCCAUCCUCACAGUGUGAGAUCGACGGCCACGGCUCACCUGUCGACUCCGCUUCCGCCUCUCGCCCUGGUGGAGUUCCGGAGUUGACGGGGAGCACCUUCGGGGAUUGAUUUAUCGAGUCUAGACGAGACGCGAUAAAUCGAUCCCUGAUAGAUCGAUCGCUACCCGCUGAUCCGGCAGGUAGUGUGGACAUAUCCUUUGUCACUCAGAAGCAAGGCAGAUGUUUUCAUUUGAACUUAUUCUUUUGCACAUGAGAAGGUACAAAUUAAAUUUGUUGGUGUGCCUGAUUAAAAAGUCUCUGUCCUAAGUACUGAAAGAGAAUCUGUUAGGCAAGGUAUAAUUUCAGGAAGAAGUUUGAUAUCUGGCAUGGAGCCAAAUAAUUAUAUUCACAUAUCUUGCAUACAAGUGUUUUGUUGUUGUUGUUUUUACAUAGUCUAGCCUUCAGGUAGCCUCAGUAAAAAUUCCCUGCAAUCUUAGCUUUUUCUGAAUGUCUAGAUUCAAUCAAUACUAUUGCAAAAAUAGAAGCCAGCCUUCCACUGUCCCUCCAGGCCAGAUCUGUCAGUCACGAGUUCUCAAGGCACUGACAACACAUGGCAGCAGUUUUUCAUAACUGAUGUUAUGUACAAGAGUCCAGGUAAUUUAGGAGUGUGUAUCCAUAGAUAACAUUGCCUGAGAGUUUUAUUUACAGGAAAUUCUCCUCUUUAUCAUAUCAUAAUGCUUCAGUCAAUAUUUUUAAUUAUUUGUGUGUAUGUAUUAUGUGUGUGUGAUUAGAUUUUCUGAUCAUUUUAUGAUAGUGCUUAUGAUGAUCUUUUACAAAAAUGAUAAAUAGGUAAAGCCACUGUGUGCUGCAUGUAGGUAGCUGUACUUAAGUGAUGGUGGCAGAUAUGUAAUUGCAGCUUCUUUUGUACCACUGGUUCCAAAGAAAAGAAUGUGUUUAAAGUUGCCAAAAUAUUUGUGCCUUGAACUCACUAAUAUUUCAUCUACUUUCAGUAUGAGCUUGUAUUGUUCCUCCCGAAUAUUUUGUGAAGGUCAGUUUUACUGCCCAGAACAGUAAUGUCCUUGUCAAUGACAGUAAUCUCUACAUUCAUUAAUUUAAAGCACAAUUAAAUCAAUUUAUGCAGAAUAUGUAAAUUUUGGGUUUUUUUAAAGUGAUGGGGGAUUUAAUUGUUGGGGGGAUGUAAUAGUGUGCUUUUUCCAUUCUCUAUUUUCUGUUUCCAGAACUCCCACUGUGACAAAGGAGAGUAAUGUUGCUGUUUUUAGCCAACUGUCCUUAAUGUGCACAGUGCAUUUUUUGUUAGUAUCUUAGUUCAGGACUUGGCUGAAAUUUCUGUCAGAAAUAUCUUGUUUAGGACAACACAUUUCCCGCUCCGCCCCCUUUCCUUCCCCUUCCACCCCAAAGUAUGUAAUAUGAAGCAACUGUAUAAUGCAACCUGGCAAUAAGUGAGACUAAGAGACUUGAAUACAAUGUAUUGGUAUUCAUUUCAUAUGAGUGAGCACAUGACACAAGUGUCUAUUCUCCUUUCAGUGCACACCCACAUAAUAACUUUGAGUCAUAUUAAUAGGCGUUACCUCUCCAGCGAAAGAGAAUACACCCACUAAACAACAGAUAUACUUUCCUCACCUGGGGUUAUGUUUUGUGUUUUCCUUUUUGGAAGCAGUUCAUUGUUGUUGUUGGGUUUUGUGGGGGGAAGGGGGAAGGGGGUGUUGGCCAGUUUCCUUAUGUACAGAACAUUAAAACAUUUUGUUCCUCCAAGAGCUAAUGUCAUUUUCAGGAACAAAUUGGUACAGCACAAAUCAGAUCUGAACAAAAGUGCAGACCACUUAACAUGUACCAGAAUCAGCUGAAUAUUACCUUGCACAAAGCCAGUUUUAGAGAUCUUCACUUUAUGUUGGCUGUGGAAAAAGAUGCCUUUUUGUAAUGUAGCACAGAAUUUCAAUAACAUGUUAUGUACUUGUUCUAUUUAAAUGUAUUUCUUGCAUAAUUCUUUUUUAAAAAAAUUAAGUUCAGUGUAUCUAAUAAACAUUUGUCUUUUGAA